AUGGCUGUGAGGUCCAGACGAUGGAAGCUUUUACUACUGAUCAAUGGGAUGGGGUUGGUGGGGUUCAUGACAGUGUGGACCGCCAUUAACACCCGCCCGUUUCAAAAGAUCUUCCACCCAGACAUUCCGGUGGACGCGAGGAGGCCGAGGCUGACUGGCUGGACCACAAAGGAUGAACUAGGCAACAGGGUCAAGUCGUUGGAGGACAUCGUGUACGGACACAUGAACGGUCUGUCCAAAUCCCUGGGCCUGAUCGAGGGUGGCAACAAUGGGAGCCAAAACAGACCGCUGCCCACGGUGCCCCCAAACAAGAAGAAAGAAGCCCAAAAUGUGAACGAUCAUUACGGCUACAACGUCUACUUGAGCGACAGAAUCUCUCUGGACCGCACCAUCCCGGAUUUCAGACCCAGCAGAUGCAAAGAGCUGUCCUACCCGAGCAAACUCCCCCAAAUCGCCCUCAUCUUCAUCUUCGUCAACGAGGCUCUGUCCAUCAUCCUGCGUGCAGUGCACUCAGCUGUCAAUCACACACCGCCCCACCUGCUGAAGGAGAUCAUCCUGGUGGACGACCACAGCGACCACGAGCAGCUGAAAGGACCUCUGGAGAACUAUGUGAAAAAGCGCUACCCCGGCCUGGUCAAGAUCAUCAGGAACCAGAAGAGGGAGGGGCUGAUCCGGGCCAGAUUGGAGGGCUGGAAGGUGGCCACCGCAGAGGUGACGGGCUUCUUUGACGCCCACGUGGAGUUUACCCCAUUCUGGGCUGAGCCCAUUCUGUCCAGAAUCAAGGAGGACCGCACGAGGAUCGUCCUGCCCACCAUCGACAACAUCAAGCACGACACCUUUGAGGUGCAGCCCUUUUCCAGCCCGGCCCACGGCUUCGACUGGCAGCUGUGGUGCCUGUACGCAAAGACGCCCAUAGAAUGGCUGCAGAAGAAUGAUGACACCGCCCCCAUGAGGAGUCCCGCCAUGAUCGGCUGUUCCUUCCUGGUCAACAGGGUCUACUUUGAAGAGCUGGGCCUGUUUGACCCGGGCAUGGAUAUCUAUGGAGGGGAGAACGUGGAACUGGCCAUCAGGGCGUGGACAUGCGGCGGCAGCAUGGAGAUUCUUCCGUGUUCCCGAGUGGCUCACUUAGCACGCGUCAAGAAGCCCUACUUGGUAGACAACAUCUACACCCCAAUGCGGCGGAACGCCCUGCGCGUGGCCGAGGUGUGGAUGGACGAACUGAAGUUCAACGUCUACAUGGCCUGGAACAUCAACAUGGAGAAACACGGCAUCGACUAUGGAGACAUCUCUGAGAGGGUGGAGCUGAGGAAGAGACUUCAGUGUAAAAACUUCCAGUGGUACCUGGAUAACAUCUACCCGAGCCUAGGGAACUUCAAUAACACCAUCCGAUAUGGAGAUAUGCGCAACUCCGAAGUGAAGAAUUUGUGUUUGGACCAGGGCGCUGAUGGUGACAAUACGGUCAUCUUGUACCAAUGCCACGGGAUGUGGCCUCAGCUGACUCGUUACACCACAGAGUAUCAGCUGAUGUUGGGAUCACUGGGCACCUUCUCCUGGAGCGCUCGCUGCCUGGUAGACGAUCCCAGCAAAAACGAACCGCAACACAUGGUCUGCAACCAGGUGAAGGACGUGCAGAUGACCAAGUGGAUUUACAGUCAGAACAAGUCGGUGAUAAACAUGGCCACGGGGCGCUGCUUGGAGGUGGUGCCCAUCAAGGAGGAGCCCUUCGCCAAGGUGGUGCUGCAGACUUGCUCUGGACAGUGGUGGACCAUAAACCAUUUUAAUGUCGUCCCAUGACGUGCCUUUGCGUGUGUAUUCCUCUCACUGCCCUGCAGGGGGCGCUGUGGACAUUAGAAAUAGAAUAUUCAUGCAAAUCAGCCAUCCACUAUUUGUCCGGGUUAAAAUACAAAACAAUCUAAUACGCAUGUAUAGGUCAAAAGAUGACUGCUAUACAGUAUAUAUUAUACUCUACUUCUACUGUUAAUACUAUACAUUACACACAGCUACUACCAAUAGUACUACUGGAACUAGCCGCUCAGUGUUUUAUCUCACCAUGUAUAAACAUGUACAUUAUUAUUUAUAAAUGAAAAAUGUGUAAAUAUGUACAUUGCUUAGAAAGAUAUGUUUAUACUUUAAGUGCACUGAAAAAGUUUGAUUCACUGUCCAUGCUAGCAUGUUUUGCUGCAUGCCGUUGACGGCUACACAAUAAAGAGUUUUAGCUUGUUGCUCAAUUAGGGCAGUGGUGAUGCCCAACAUAGACAUUCUAUUGCGGCUCUGAGACUUCAUCAACAGGAGCGUGAUCCAUCGUGAUCCAUU